CAGUUCUGAUUCCGCUCUCAAACUCACAGGAAGAAGCGGCGCAAGAGCAUUCUCGAGCGAGCGCUCACUCAGCUGAGAGAGCUCCAGCGAGCUGAGCUGACAGAGUUUGUCCGUCGCCGGCAGGAGGAAACAAACCAGGGGGGCUUAAACGUCCUCGACAUGACGACAAAAACCUCCCCUGACCGAAACGGAUAUCCUUAAUUACACGUUGGACCCUGUUCGGUUCCCGUGGAUGGCUUAGCAGGCGAGUUAUGCGCAGUUGAAAAUGAGGGAGCUUGUGUUUUUUCUCCCUCGUCGUCCAGCGAGAGGACAAGAUGGCAGCGCGAGCGCGUCGAGCAUGUAGUGGGUGCGAAUUAAACCCGAACAUGUUCACAAAAAACCCGCAGUCCGACCACAGCUGCUGUCUGUGAAGGUAUGGCCUCACAGGUUACGGUCUGCCCACCACAUGUUUAUCAAACCCAGACAAGUGCCUUUUGCAGAGCGAAGAAAAUCAAUCCCAGCAGCUGUGUUUAUCAUGAGAAGAUCCCUCGCACUUACGUGGUCGGUGUGAAUCUAGGCAUUGCGCACCCUACGGAUAUUAUACCUUUAUCGAGAAUCAAAGCUUUGACUAGCGAGAAACCCUGCGUCGCACGGGACGUCUCGAAACAGACUGAUACAGCUCCACAGGAGCUCCUCGGAAGGGCUUCCUCCCCAUACAAACGUGUGGCAUCGGAGGGCGACCUUCAGUAUAUCUACAGAGCGGCCGUGCCAGUUGAAAAAGAAAGUGUAGACGGUGGCCAAAACAGCCAAAGUAGUAGAAGCAGUGGCGGUGCUCCAGAAGGGGCGGAGCGGAUCGAGAGGAACGGUGGUUUGAAUUCGUUUGACGGAACCCAAAGAUGUGGGUUUAAAUGCAAAGGGGAGGAGCUUGAGAACGGCAAGAGCACCAUGCAAAUAGUAGAGGAGCAUUUGACUCUACCUGCCAUGUUGCAAACAAACGUUGGGAGCACGACCGCAGUAGGCGUGGCCCUGCCCGUGCAGAACGCAACCGGGACGGGAGCCGUGAGCGGGACAGGCGAUGGCGAGUAUCAGUUGGUCCAACACGAAGUGCUGUGCUCCAUGAAGCACACCUACGAAGUGUUGGAGUUCUUGGGACGUGGUACGUUCGGUCAGGUUGUCAAAUGUUGGAAGCGAGGCACCAAUGAGAUCGUGGCGGUGAAGAUACUGAAGAACCACCCGUCAUAUGCCCGCCAGGGCCAGAUCGAGGUGAGCAUCCUGGCCCGACUGAGCGGGGAGAAUGCCGAGGAUCACAACCUGGUGAGGGCUUUCGAGUGUUUCCAGCACAGACACCACACAUGUCUGGUGUUUGAGAUGUUGGAGCAGAACCUGUACGACUUCCUCAAGCAGAACAAGUUCAGUCCGUUGCCGCUGAAGGUGAUUAGGCCCGUUCUGCAACAGGUGGCCACGGCGCUGAAGAAGCUCAAGAGCUUGGGCCUGAUCCAUGCCGAUCUUAAACCGGAGAACAUUAUGCUGGUAGAUCCUGUGAGGCAGCCCUUCCGUGUGAAAGUGAUUGACUUUGGCUCUGCCAGCCACGUCUCCAAAGCUGUGUGUUCGACGUACCUGCAGUCUCGCUACUACAGGUAAGUUGUGCUUUUUUGUUUCCUCUAAUAGGCUGACUACCGGUUAUGUCAUGUCUGUGUUUAAGCAUAAAUAGACUUUUGGAAUUUGUGGCAAGUAUAAAGAUAUAAUUUGUGGUGUUCGUUUGGAGGAAGUCGAACUGAGGAAGGUUUACUUAAGCCACACUUCCUAUCAGGACAAUUAUGUAAUUCUGUCUAUAGCUUUUGUCAAAGUUUGAUGGUAAGCUCUCUUUGUAACCGCCAUGGAGCUACACCCAUACUUUAUAUAACUUUAUGUAACUCCAAAAAAAGAAAUAAACA